UUCAUUCUAGGAACCGAGUGAAAAUCGAGUGUAUGCAAGAGACCUUUCAAACCCAAUAUAUGCAUCCAGAUGCGGUCAAGAAGCGCUACAAGACAUGCUGAGUGGACUAAGAGACUUAAUGCUGUUAUUUUAUGCCUGCAUGGACCCUAAGAACAGGAGUAUGAGUACUCACCAAGCGUCAAUUGCUGGGCCACAAUGUUCUGAAACCUUGCAACAAAUGAAAAACAAUAAAGAACUAUUGAAACAGGCUUUUCGUGCUGUCAAAGAAAGUUGCGACCGUCUACUCCCGUCGGAUAUGUCGGAUCUUAUUCCAUAUGCAGACAAACCUAUACAAAGUCGGGAAGUCAGCACAGAUAUAAAGAUACUGAUCGAGGCUAGAGAAAAGGCAAUCAAAAGACUUCUAGCAGUGACAGCUGAGUUGGAAAAAUUGCGUCGUGGUCUAACAAAAACAAUAUGGGAACUAAACGACUUAUCUGACCCAUGUAUAUUAAAUUCAUAAAUAUUUCUCUUGUACCGACUAAAGUAUAUGCGCAUAAAUACAUGUAUUGACAAGUAAAUCAUAAAGAAUCUUUGUUCUUUACUUCCUCAGAUAUUUAUACAC